AUGAGUCUGGACCAGAGUUCAUCUCUCAAACAGCGCCUUAAAGCCAUGUGCUGGAAGCUCAGCGUGGCGGUCGAAGCAGAGAUUAGGAGGACUGAGAUUAGUCUGAUGAAUCCACUGGUGGAGUCAAAGAGCCGGGCAGCCUGUGGAAUCCUGCAAACCUAUAGAGAGGCCAUGAUGUCAGCAGAGGCAUCCAGGUGGGAGCAGGCCAUGGCAGAGGAGAUGGACUCCCUCAAAGAAAAUGAGACUUUUGAAUUGACUACAUUACCUGAAGAUCCGUCCACGUCAGUCUCAGAGCCGAAGGUGUUGGAGGACAUGGAACAGGUCUGUGUGGACCCAGACCCUGGCAUGAAUCUUGCAGAUCCACAGAAGCAGCAGCUGGUCUGCACAGAGGCUCAGGAUGGACCGUCCAACUGGGAGGAGUUCACACCUGAACUAUCAUCUGAGUCUGGACUCAUUUCAUACAGGUUCAGGUGUCCUCAUUCAGGUGCCUUCCGUUGUACUCGGACUGGAUUGGUGUUUGUUGUGGCUCGGGAGGCGGGGCUGAUCUACAGGACCGUCCAAUGGGAUGAGCUCCUCCUCCAGUCAGCUGGCAGGACGCCUGCAGGGCCGCUGUUCAGUAUCGAGUGUCCUGAGAACGCCGUUUGGCAGCUCCACCUCCCGCACUGUGAGACGAAGCACGGUCAACGCUCUAAAAGCCUGCUGUCUGUCGUCCACAUCACUGAUGAUGGAAUGGAGUUCACUGACACUCUGGAGAUCACAGACACUCAUGUGGUCAUCAACGUCCAACAUCUGUCCCUGUUUGGCCUCACCUGGAUGUUGGAAAUGAUUCAAAACCUGAUCUCAGUUAGCGGUCAUAUUAUCGAAUCAGUUACUCAGUUCACUAAAGCAGUCAGUGGCCAAGUUCUGCUGUUCCUGGCACCACCAAACCCAAGAACACAGAGACAAAACCUCAAUAUGUUACUGCUGCCGAGGAACGUCCCUUUAGACGAGGUUGAAGCAAAACAACAAAAUGAUGUGUACAUCAAGGUGGCUGCCACAUGUGAUCUCAUCAAAAACCACAGUUACAGCCUUCACUGUCCCGAAGCCCACAAAGUCCAGCCCAAGAAAGCAAAGUUUGACCUGGACUUCGGACCAAAUUAUCACCCAACAUUUCAGAUUCGCCUGCCAAUAAACACUGACCAAGUAUCUUUAACAAUUCGAGAUCAACGUGAAACAGAGAUCUGGGAGAAUGAUGUAGAUCUGGCUGGUCCUGCUGGAACUGAAGGAAAUCUACCAGGGGCUGUGCAGAAUGCCACACCAGAGGACACCACGUCUACAGCUGAAACUCUUCUGCACAUCCUGGACGAACUGGGAGGAAAGGAUUUUAAGACCUUCAAGUGGCACCUCCAUCAUCAAGUGGUGGAUGACAUCCAUCCAAUUCCAGUCCACCAGUUGGAAAAGGCAGAGAGGACAGAUGUGGUGGAUCUGAUGGUGCAGACGUACGAGGAGUGUGGAGCUGUGGAGGUGACCAAGACACUUUUACAGAAGAUCAGUAGGAUGGAUCUGGUGAAGAAGCUGCCGAACAUCUGCUGA